AUGUUUGAAUCCCAGCUCGAAAGUCUGAUCCAAGACAAAGUGUGUGCUGAGGUCCGGAAGCAAGUCGGAGCCCACAGCUCUGCGGCCGGGCAGCCAGCGCCCCCGGCAGAGCCAGGCCCCCCCUGCAGGGCCCCGGCCCCGGGGCGGCCAGAAGCCGUGCUCGAGCACGUCACCGCCCGGGAGAGGAGGAGGCUCGCCAGCCACCUGCGCGCCAAGGCGCUGGAAAGCAAAGCGGGUCUGAUACCACAGAGGGUGCAACUGUCCUCCCAGAAGUGCCGCCGCCACCCAGGAGGGGGGCUGAGUCCGGGGCACGGCGGUGGGAGGCUGAGGCCAUCGGGCUGGUCCCCUGGACCCCGGGGCGAGCGCUUGCUGAGCGGCUGCGGGACGGUGGCUGCAGAAGUCGGCCCGGAGCGCAGCGCUCAAGGGGCGGCCUCCUUGGCCGGCUGCAGGCCGAGGCUGCCUGGGAGCGAUUCCCCGGGCGGCGAGAAGGUCCUGACGAGGAGCAUCACCCCGCUGCCCGGCAGAGCCUCCUCCGUGCCUUUUGCUGACGAGAGGCCGUUGUCCUGCGUCCUCCAGAAGUUCUCCACCGAAGAAAGAGAGAAGCUGCUCACCCACUUUUCAGUGAGGACGUUGGAGAUUCGGAUGAAAUCGCUUCCCAGGAUGGCGAGAGAGUCUCACGCCAUGGCCGGCGCGCAGGGCAGACGGAGCCCGCUGGCCAAGUGUGCCCACCCUGCCCUCCGAGCCCCGAAGCGACGGAAGAGGAUUGUGUUGCUAUUUGAGGAAAAGUCUCUUCACCAAAUAGAUCUCGAUUUACAAUUUAAAUACCAGCGCUUCCUCCUGGGGCUUCCUGUAGCGAGAAUGUUCCCGAAGUCCAAGGCCCUUCCCAAAUGUCUCCCUGAAUCCAGCCCGGCCGCGAGGGGGAAGCCGGCGGGGCGCAGGGCGGAGGGCGGCCGGCUUCGUGUCCGCGCCCAGGUCUUGGGGAGACACGUCUCCUUUAAAAAGAGUCUCCCUGAGCUCGCAUCGGCCAUCAGGAAAGUUCUGGAGGCAGCUCCUGUGCGUGCUUCUGACCCUGGUCCCCGGGGUGUCGCCAGGCAGGGAGAGGGGCACCCCAGAACCUUCUGGGCGCCACCCUGUCCCAGGGGCACAGUCCAGCAAGACACGACCGUUCCUCCAGAGGCGAAAUCCAGCGUGACCCCAGAAAGAGAGAAAAAAUGUCGUGUGUGGUUUCAAGAAGCAGAGGCCUGCCAACCCUCCGACUCCAGGCUCCCGGCCGGCGCGCCCCGGUCGGCGGGUCCCUGCUCCAGCCCCACCUCGGAGGACGCCUCGGAGGGCCUGAAGGACGCUGAGAACUGGGCUGAGGCGCAGGAGCGCCCCUCCCGGGAGGGGGGUGCGGGGGAAGAGAGCCUGUUUUGGGAAGUCACACGUUACUUCCGCAGGGAAGCAGGACACACCCUGUGCGGAGGACAGAGAGGCUCGUGGCAGGGUCUCCCCGAGGCGGAGAAAAUGCAGACUUCACCUCCCAGCGAGGCCUGCCCGUCCCAGCACACCGGGAGCUCCGGAGGGCACCCCCCGAGCGGGACCCCACCUUCCCGCGGGUCCCGCCAGAGCAAGAAGAGCAGGGUGUCCCCCCAGAGCGACGGCGCGCCCCGCGGCCUGUGCGGGGGCGCCCUGAGCCCCGCCAACGGCGGCCCGGUCCCUUCGGGGGCCUCCUCCUGUUCCUCCAGUGACGCGACCAGCGGCAAGACGGGCCGGUCCCUCUUCGCCUCGACGGAAUCAAAGGUGAAGCUGCAUCCUGCGAAGAGCCAAGGCCGGCUCCACCGAGGCGCGGAGCGCAGAGAAAGGCAGAGGCCCACGUUGGACUCGCCGGGGAAGAGCUCGACCCGGGCCUGCGCGCCCCGCUGGGCGCCCAGCGACCUCGGUGACCAGCCGCACCCCGGGAGGAGGCCGCAGGACGGCGGGGAGGAGCCCCCCGAAAGGGGCGCUCGCCCCCCCAGCAGGCAGAAGCUGGCUCGGCCCACGCGCUCCGAGGAGGCCAGUCCCCCCGCCGAGAGGAGUCGGGGCCCCCCAUUCUUCUACGCCUGCGUCCCCGCAGACUCCCUGGAGGUCACCCCCAAAACUGUCCGCUGGGCUAUUCCCCCAAAAGCUUUAAAGAAGAGGAAUUUCCGGCUCCCCUUGGUGGCCAAGGUGUCCAGUUCCUCCGAUCUCUGUAGUUCGUCGAAACACUUGCUGGAGGCUUUCCUGGGGUCCUUCAGCCUCGUGCCUCCGGACUGGGGCCACGCCCGAGGGACCCGGCGGCCAGCGGGGUCUGCUGGGCUGUUCUCUGAUGAAUAAAGGAGAGUCGCGGGGUUCUGCGCGGUGUGGACACGGUUUCUGGGAGGAGCAGGUGGGCGCGCAGAGGCCUCGGGCUUCGGUCCCAC